CAAGAACGGUAUAACCACCAACAAACAUAACACUUAGUUAUUGAUUUGUGUCAAUGAUGACUAAGUUGUUUCUUCUUUUCCUCGUCCUUGUUUCCUUCACGUGUCGACUCUCCUUUGCAGUGCCCAGUGACUACUCCAUUUCUUCGGAGGAAGAAGUGUUCCAAGUGUGGCAGAAGGAGCAAGGGCGCGAAUAUGGCAACCCAGAGGAGAAGGCAAAGAGGUUCCAGAUUUUCCAAAGGAACUUGAGGUAUAUCAAUGAGAUGAAUGCGAAGAGGAAGUCACCGGUGCAGCAUCGUUUAGGUCUCAACAAGUUUGCUGAUAUGAGUCCCGAGGAGUUUAAGAAAACCUACUUAAAUGAUAUAGAUAUACCCUCUAACUUGGACCAUAUUAAGGUGCAGGAUGAUGAGUGUGAAAACCUUCCUGAUUCUGUAGAUUGGAGGGAGAAGGGAGCUGUGACUGAAGUUAGGGACCAAGGAGAAUGCCAAAGCCAUUGGGCUUUCACUGUGACCGGGGCCAUCGAAGGAAUAAACAAAAUAGUUACUGGGAAUCUUGUGACCCUAUCUGCACAAGAACUCGUGGACUGUGACCCUGCCAGCAAUGGUUGUGCUGGAGGCUAUUACUUCAAUGCAUUUGGUUGGGUUAUAAACAAUGGUGGGAUUGACACAGAAGCUAAUUAUCCAUACGUAGCCCAAAAUGGUACUUGCAAGGAAAAUGCAAGCAAGGUUGUUAGUAUUGAUAACCUUCUAGUUGUGACUGGGUCAGAAGAAGCUCUCUUGUGCCGUGUUAGUAAACAGCCUGUUAGUGUGAGCAUAGAUGCAACUGGCCUUCAAUUUUACACCGGUGGAGUCUAUGGUGGUGAGAAUUGCUCAAAGAAUUCAAGAAAUGCAACUCUUGUUUGUUUAAUUGUGGGUUAUGGUUCGGUGGGUGGUGAAGACUAUUGGAUUGUGAAAAACUCAUGGGGAAAAGAGUGGGGAGACAAAGGUUACCUCUUAAUCAAAAGAAAUGUUAGCGAUGAAUGGCCUUAUGGUGUAUGUGCCAUCAAUGCUUUGCCUGGUUAUCCAGUCAAAAAGGUUUCAACAUCUUCAAUUUUAUCUUCGGCCAUAUAGUGGAUCCUUUUCAAACCAAUAGGCUUAUCUAAAGCACAACACCAUUUUGCAGUGUUGUCUUGGAUCAGGGCAUAUUAGUACUUAAGUAUUUGCCCUUUCUCCACAAAUAAUGGCGUUUGUGAACUGCAAGUGCGUGUGAUAUUUCGGUUUAACGUGCUUUAAUAAAAUAAUGGAUGGUCGUUCUACCAAUUAAUAAUA